GUUCGCUUUAUAAACUCGCACAAACUGGCACGUAGAGUAUUAAAAAAGAAGUAUUUUCAAAGUAUUUUGACAUACGUUAUUAUUAAAUUUUAGUGUGAAUUUGUUAUUAUUUGUUUUAGCUUUAGUAACGUGAAUAUUUUCGGUUUUUGUGCGAAAUUUUAGUGUCGUUUGUGUUUUUUUGUGCAAUGUCGUCCACACUCAUAUUUGUUGGUCUGCCGGAGGAUUCCAAGAGCUCUAUAACAAAGCUUGCGUCACCGGUACCUUCAGGGAGUGAGUGCGAGACAUUGGUUUCACAAGUCGAAAUCCAAAGUACUGCCGCCGACAGCACCUCCAUAGGAGUUCCCAAUGCGCCCAAGAGCUGCAUCGCGGAGAUCUUCAACGGCGGCGACACGCUGGACGGCGGCAGCCCCAUGAAGAACGGCUCCACGCGUCCCCGCAUCGUCAGGGACACUCCCACGCGCCCGCGGGACACGCACACCAGGCUUUUUGGACAGGUGAAGACCGCCGGCAACUCGUCAGUGUCGCCAAUGAUCACGGACACCAUCCGCAGCCACAUCCAGUUCGGCGACGGCGAGGUGAACGGCAGCCCGGCUCACUCUCCCAAGAUCAACGGCAGCGCGUCCUCCACGCCCAGCCGAGGUGAGACGGAGCCCGCCGACCAGUUAUCGUACACGCCACCGAAGAGGAACCCGGUGACCGGGGACGGAGUGCCCUUGCCGACUCCGCGCCGCCGACACCCGGCCGCCAGCCUGCGAGAAGGCAACCCGAUCACUGGCGACGGCUACAAAUCACUGAACGGCCAGAUCAACACAGUCACAUCGUUAAAUGGCAACAGCUGCAGCAUUCUGCAUAACCGCGUACCCCCUGGUGGGUUCUCUUCAGGACUUUGGUAGAUCGCCCUGCACCUGAUCCAAUUAAAGCGGCCAAAUAAUAUCAACCGCCGCACGACACCUGGCCGUUGAUACUUUCAAACGAACGAUUCUAAUUAGAAUAAACAACGUCCAUUUUUGGUAAUCUUAAUAUCAAGUAUUAACAAAUAAUCUUUUACUAAUACAGUUUAAACAGAUAUGCCAUUAACUUGCUCUUGGAAUUGGACCAUAAAUUUAACAAUAAGGAAUUUUUCACUCUACUAUUCACUCAGGCUAUUAUUAUUCUAAUUAGAAUCGCAUUUUUAUCGGAACUACAUAUAAAUAGAUUGAUUUGCGGUGCAUAAGAACGCAUUUAUUUCAUAAUGACGACAUGACAUUUUAUUGUAUCUCUUAAAAUAUAACAGUAGAAUUUGAAUCGUUAAAAUAAUAAGUAAAUUUGCACAGAAUUAAAAAAAAAAUACAACGUCCACUAAAAUUGAAAGGGUAUUUGUUGUUCAUAAAGUCCUUAGCCUGUCCCAGUAACAUUUUAUUGGAAUAAUUUUAGAAAUAGAUUAUAGAUAUUUUUGUAAUAGUAACAUUUCGAUAGAUUUAAAAUCAUUUGGUGGGGAGAUUUGAAUUUUUUAUCAACAAAGCUGGCAAUAAUAAUUUUACGCUCAAAUACUUCGUAAUAAGAAAGGCUAUAAGGUAGGUAGUUGGAAUUCAGAUGUAUAAUAAAGAAUAUUGUAUGCGUGAAAGUAGUUUCCAGUUGAUUAGAAAUUCAAACCUUCGCACCAAUUUAUCGUUUAAGGAUAUGCAAAUUGUAAUCUAUCACACUUAUAAGCGCAUGUAACGCUACUGAUAUUGAGAAUUAGGAGUGAGGAUACGUAUCAGCAAUAUACCAAAAUGAAUAGUGCCUUGAUUGGUGAUGAAAUGAAAUUGAAAAUUCUAUAAGAAUUCAAAGUACGAAUGUGUGUGGAGGCGUUAUAUGCAUUCGAAAAAAGACAGUGAUUAUAUUAUCUAUAUUUCACAGUAUAGAAAUAGUAAUCAUGCGGCACUCGGGCUAUAUUGAUAAUAUUAAAUUACGUAACUUAAUAAUAUUCGACACUAUUUAUAUAAUCUUAAUCUCGUUUGUUGAAUUUCAUUGUCGUAAUUUAAAAAAUAGAAGGUUUAUAGAAUGCAUUUAUUUUGUCUGUUUAUACAUUUUUUAGUUUAUUUUCUACUCGUUUAGAGUUAAUGUACAUGUUUGAAUCUUGGUAGAUUAUCUGUUAACAAAUUAAUGGACCACUCUGUUGUGUAUUCGUAUAGGCGGUGUUAUUUGUAUUGACUAUUUAACUGUCGUUUAGAAUUAGCAUAUCAUCUUUGUAAAAACGUUUAAUACCUAUCUAACACAAUGUCGCUGCCAUUGGCCUAACUUUAACAAAUACAUAAUGUUAAUAGAUAAUAACCACUAUUUCAAAAUAAAGUUUUUUUAAUUAUU